AUGGGCUCCUCCUACCCCCGAUCAUCCUGCAGCCUUCGAGCUGUCGAUGGGAAGCACAUGUCCUGUUGUGUCAAGGGCUUGCACACCUCCAGCAUGAGAACCCCGUCCGAACUGGUCCAUCCACACUGCUGGCACACCCUGCCGAGGCUGCUGCCAGGAUGUGCCCGGUGCUGGGAGCCCUGGCAGCCGGCUCAGGCCUUGGUUCAGCACCCCUCGCUGGCCGGAGGAGCUGCCACGUGUGCACAGGACCUGGCACGAGCGCACGGCAGAGAGGACCCGGCUGGGCAGGCACGGAAGGAGGGUGUUCCUUGCCUGGUGGCGGCCUCGGCGGCAGCCGCGCUGCAAAUGCCACCAGGAGGGGCUGCUCCGGGAAGCGGCGUGUGGAACGGACCCGAGCCCUGCUUCCUGAAGGACUGGGAGCUUCAUGUCCACUUCAGGAUCCACGGAGCCGGCAAGAAGAACCUGCACGGGGACGGCCUGGCCCUUUGGUACACGCAGGAGCGCCUGGUGCCAGGUCCUGUCUUUGGCAGCAAGGACAACUUUCAUGGGCUGGCCAUUUUCCUAGAUACAUAUCCCAAUGAUGAAGCAACAGAGCGCGUGUUCCCCUACAUCUCGGCCAUGGUGAACAACGGUUCCCUGACAUACGAGCACAGCAAGGACGGGCGCUGGACGGAGCUGGCGGGCUGCACCGCCGACCUGCGCAACCAGAACCACGACACCUUCCUGGCCAUCCGGUACUCCCGCGGCCGCCUGACGGUGAUGACUGACGUGGAGGACAAGAAUGAAUGGAAGAACUGCAUUGAUAUUGCAGGGGUGCAGCUGCCAACCGGCUACUUCUUUGGUGCUUCUGCUGGCACUGGAGAUUUGUCUGACAAUCACGACAUUAUCUCGAUGAAGCUGUUCCAGCUCAUGGUGGAGCACCCUCUAGAAGAUGAGACCGUUGACUGGACCAAGAUUGAGCCUAGCGUCAGCCUUCUUAAAUCACCCAAAGACAACGUGGAUGACCCGACAGGGAAUUUCCGCAGUGGGCCCCUGACGGGCUGGAAGGUGUUCCUGCUCCUGCUCUGCGCUCUGCUGGGCAUCAUCGUCUGUGCUGUGGUGGGAGCCGUGGUCUUCCAGAAACGCCAGGAGCGGAACAAGCGUUUCUACUAGUGAAGACCCUUACCCAAACCCAUCUUUUCUAUGGGGAGCUGUUAAAAACUGUGGUUUCUAAAAGCUGUUUCUGAGAAAUAUCAGAAGUAUUUUCUUAUCUGUCUGUUUGGCUGUAACCCCUGCCUGGCCCUUGGUGGGUUGGAUGGAGGAGGGCAAUGCCUGCUGGACCCCCUGGGCUGCGGUGGGGGAGCCUGAAGGUCGCUCACAUUGUUUCUUCCAGUGUUUUCCCCCACCCGAUGCGACCUGUGGCAGGGGGGGUGAGUGGGAGGGCAGCUGUGAAUGUGAAGGGGGGGCUGUGGGGAGGGAUCUGUGAAAGGGGUUUGUGAAAGGGGCAUUAAAAGGACUGACACCAC